AUGCAAAAUAAUUACUUUGGUUCCCAGGGAUCUGGCUUUUUUCUAGAUCAGAAUUAUCCUCCACAAGAUAAUAAAGCAGGAGGAGAACCCAAUGAAUCAAUGAUGGGCCAAAGUUCUGAUAAUUUCCUUGCAUAUCAAGAUUUAUUUGUACAAGAGAUGGCCCGCCAAUAUCAAAUGCAACAAAUGCAAUACUACAGAGAUCAGACACAACCACCACAGACAGAGAAUCGCGAAAAACCUAAAAGAUCAAAUUCAAAUCUAAAUCGUCAAUCUGAACAUAAGCCAAAAGACCACCAUAAACAGCAUAAAUCUGGAGAUGAACAUUCAAAAAGUCAACCAGCUAAAGUGGUUGACCUUAAUAUUUGGCAUCUUUCGAAAAGUUUUUUCAGAACUAUACCUUCAAGUGAAAAAAUUGAUCGAGUAUUUCAAGGAAAACGCCAACCUGCCCCCAUUGAUUACAUGGAUAAAACGACAUGGAAAGAAAUUAUAGCUGAAAUUAUUAUUAAUUGUCAAUCUACAAAUCCGGAACUUGCCAAACAGAUGAAAAUACCUUCAUCUAUAAUAUCUGGUGUUUCAACAAAGGUUAAAGUCGAUGAAGAUACUCAAGAUAACUUAUUUCCUACAGAAACUAUGACGUCAGGGAGUCUAGUUUUUCACAGACUUGUUUCAAGCAUAAUACCGAUUAAAAAUCAACCAUCCCGUCAAGGAAAAAAAUCAACAUCGGAUACUAAAUAUUUUCCUACUCCAAAUGCACUUCUUCCGAGACUUGAAAAUCAUAAGUAUCUUGCAUUAGAUUUUGAAACACGUUUAAAAUGCGAACUCGAUAGUUUAGGUCUCGAUACUUAUUACGUUGAAGAACCAAAGAUAAGGAACUCUUUUCAGCAAGAAAUCGAUAAUUAUUACAAAGAACUUCGUUCUGUUAAAUCAGAGUUAGAUACUGAAAGAAGUGCAAUUAUCCAAUCUUUACCUUCAUUUAGAAGAGAACAGAAGGCUCAUCAAGCCAAAAUAGAGACAUAUAAAGCGAUGGUAGCUACACAAAACAAUGAUAACUAUAUCUCUCCUCGAAGAAAACGCAAAUUGUGA